AUGAGUCAUUAUGGAGUCCCGGACAGGGGUACACCCUACAACAACCCCGUGCCAAUGCCAAAGCAUGUCCCGCCCGUAGACGAGAUUGGCGCAACGAGUGCACCAUUAAAGAGCGCCAGUUUCUUUAUUGGAGCAAAGUGCAAAGAGUUUAACGAGGACUUUAUGCUCUGCAAGUCGCAAAACAAGCCAGAGCAAUGUCUUCUCGAAGGCAGAAGAGUAACUCGUUGUGCCGCAGACCUACUAGAAAAGAUGCGAGCUGCCUGCGCACAAGAAUUCGAAGCCCACUGGAAGUGUCUAGACAAUAAUAACCAGGAAUUCUACCCGUGCAGGAAAGAAGAACGACCUCUGAAUGCAUGCAUGUUUACUAAACUGGGUCUAAGCAAGACGAUUCCUGGCACUCCAAAGGGUCAACUACCGAUUCACGAGGUCAAGAAUCCCAUCUACAAGGCGCAGCAAAAGUAG